AUGUCCCUGCCAACACCGGCAAAAACGGUCAUGAGGACGGACCCCUACCAAGUGUUUGGUUUAUUCACCAAGUCGCCUACUCCAUUUAUACCCCAGGCAGGACUGACUGAUGGGGCUAUACGCGUGGUGGGGAACGAUUUCAUUGCAUGGUACUCCAACCAAACCGACAUCGUCCUGGAAAAUGAACUACCAGAAGCAAUCAGGGCUCUAGGACAUGUCCCCCAUCCUCUUUGUCUCCGCGCAAACAGGACUUAUCAACUUGCCGGUCCCUUCAGCCAGGAUCCCAACUCAGGUGAAGCGAUGAUGAGCUUUGGAUGCGACACCCAAACUUUCCUGGGAUUUGAUCACCUGCCUCCUGCAGCUGUUGCAGGCAAGACAUUGAUUAAUGGCAUUGGCAAGGUGCUGGAUUUCCAUUUUGAUGACGUAGAGAAUUGCGGAGGAUUAUGGAAUCUUACUGUCAAUCUCAACCACGAGUUCUAUGAUCCAGUUCAAGAACAUGUCUUGGAGUUUACCAACACAUGUGUUUUUGGAUACAUGACUCUGCCAGCUUUAGAGUGGACGCAGAUCAACACGGGAACAACCAUGAUGAUCUAUGGCACUGUUGGUGCCAAAGAUCCCGUGUCCAACCGCUUCAUUGUACAAGUUCUAGACUAUGCCUGUUUAGGCAAUGUGCCUGAGAUCAUCUGA